AUGGGCUUCUUCGCCGAAGAUUCAGGCCUAAUCGUCACCCAUCUCCUCUACAAGGCAGCCCUCGUCCUCGCCCUCCUCAGAUGCGCUCUCUCCUGGGCUCUCAAACUCUGGCCCACAGCCGCCUCGCCGCCUUCCCGCCGCCGCCCUUCUCCUCAACAGAUCAGAGACCGCCUCAUCCGCACCACCUUCGCCGACGUCCUGGAGAGGAGGGACCAGGACGAAACGGCGGCGUCUUGUGCCGUCUGCUUGAACCAGAUGAGUCCGGAGGACGAGGAGGAGGAAGGCGACGAGAGUAAUCACCGGACUUGCCCGCUCUGUAGGACGCCGCUGCUGACGGCGGCCCAGAGCGCGGCGUGGAGCGCGGCGGCGGAGCAGCAGCAGCAGCCCAGCUGGGCGGUGGAGAGAAUACUUUACCUUUUCGGGGAUGACCUGCUUGUCUCUUGA